AUGCUCGCUAUGGGCACUGGAGAGCACGCGCAGCGAUGGGGCAGCACGGCGGAGUGCCUGGGGAACUUGCGGAGGCGGACGGGCGAUAGUCGAUGGGCGCGGAUAGGCGAUUGGCAGCGCGAUCAGGCGGCGGCUUGGGCGCGUCAGUCAAAUUUGUCCAUGGGCGGCGUCGAGGGCAGCGGGAGUCGUGACACGCAAGGAAAAUCGUCGGGAGGCGCGACCAGCCGUUCUCAGGACAUCGCGACGGCGGAUGGCUGCGUGGGCGAAGAUGAGGUUGCGGUGAAAGCCAAAGCUGGCGGGAACUGGGUCGGGGCAUGCGCUGCGGCCGCUGCUUGGUGGCCGCUUGGGCCACACGCUAGCGACGAGCUCCACUUCACUCUUCCACAGCACACCGACUACCACACCACACAUUCCGCGCUUCGCCCAAGCGCAGGGCCGCCUCGUCACUGGGCGAGGGCACGCGCAGUCGAGUGCACGCGUGUCCUUCUGCCACCCGCUAGCCCGCGAGCAUCGCACUCGCCAUGA